AUGCCCCUGUUCAACUGGAUGAAGUGGUCACAUGAGACAAGAGUGCAGACUCAGGAUGAAGCGCCACCUCUUAAGACCUCGGGGGUUGUGCCCAGCCGCAUGUUGAUCAGAGAGCUCCUGUGGCAUGUGGAGGAGCGUGAGCAGCUGGCGAGGGAACUGGAGCGAGAGCACAGGCUGGCCCACAGCGCCCUGGGCCUCCGCUGGUUUCAGAAGUACCCCAGAUUACGGACCCUCAUCCCCACAUCAGAGCUACACCAACUGGAGUUCCUGUGUGCCCAGAUCCCACCUAUCCACGCAGCCACCGUCCUUUCCAGGUUUCGUGAAGUGCUCGCCACUAACAACAUACGGCCCUGGGAGCUAGCAUCUGUCUUCAAGCAGGUGCUGAGGGACUUCCUGAGCCAAAAGCAAUUUGAUGAGGAGGACGACCUCUCAGUGCAGCCAGCACAGCUCCGACCAAUGGAGGUUUGGACCAGCCGCUAUAAGAUGAAACAGGGCUUUGUCACACCUACCGUCCCCAACUGUGGAGACCAUCCAAGGGAGGAGAUCCCAACAAUCUCUGGAUAUGUGGACCGGGCCAUGCGACACUCCAGUUCAUUCAUAGCCAACAGGGACUGGGACCUUCCUUAUUACUAUCCAGUUCCUCUCAGACCCAAAGGGGCAUACAGCACUACAUUGUGAGAGGACAAACUGCUCAAAAGGUCUGUGGUGUUGUGUUUGACAAAAGGGAAAAACAGUCAUCACAUCCUCAGCAUGGAGAUGAGAUUCAAAAACUUGAUUAUUUGUAUUAGUUUUAGACAUUUCAGGGUUUGUGACCAAAAUGCAAGAGCUAGUUUUCUGCCUGCCUGCUCUUUAUAAUCCCAUACUUCUGAGUGGUGUUCCAU